CAGGAGAGAGGACAUUAGGCACAAAACGGAGGCAAAAUUACAGCGAAGCUGAGAAAGAGAGAGAGAGAGAAAUGGAACUGUGUUUUUGAUUCCCAAAGCAAAAAUCCAAAAUCUGAUCAGAGGUAUUAUAAGGCAUUUCGCGCAAAGCAAUGUUGCUGAUUCCAGGAUUCUAUGCAAUCUCGUGAUAUAACGGACAUACAGGAACUUGCCGCCGGAGAUCGUUGUUUUCGUCUUCUUCAACUGUACGAUUUUUAUAUAUUCAUUCACAUGCACCUUUACCAAAACUCUUAUUUAGUUUACAGUUGGAAUUACGGCAAAGGACGGCGAUCGAGCUGACGGUUACAGUCAUUUUCAGCUGGUCAUGAAUUAAGUAUCUAAAAGAUUCGAUCCGGCAUUCCUUUUGACCAGCUGCUUUAAACAGGGAAUGAUCAAUGAAUUUGCUCAUUUUUUCCGACAGAACUUGAUUUGAUAGGGUUAAUAGAAGGGUGGAAGAUGGGAUCUACUUGGGAUCAUUUCGGUGAGAUAGCUACAGUUGCUCAGCUGACAGGACUCGAUGCAGUGAAGCUAAUUGGACUGAUAGUGAAAGCUGCAAGUACGGCUCGAAUGCACAAGAAGAACUGCACGCAAUUCGCAUUGCAUUUGAAACUGAUUGGGAAUCUGCUUGAGCAGCUCAAGAUCUCAGAGCUGAAGAAGUAUCCAGAAACACGGGAGCCUUUGGAGGAGCUGGAAAAUGCACUUAGACGGUCUUACAUCUUGGUUAACAGUUGUCAGGAUAGAAGCUAUUUCUACUUGCUAGCAAUGGGAUGGAACAUAGUUUAUCAGUUCAGAAAGGCACAGAAUGAGAUUGAUAGAUAUCUGAAGAUUAUACCUCUCAUUACUCUUGUCGAUAAUGCUCGAGUCAGGGAGAGAUUGGAAUAUAUUGAAAGAGAUCAACGUGAGUACACAUUGGAUGAUGAUGACAGAAGGGUGCAAGAUGUGAUUAUGAAGCCUGAUCCUUGUGGUUAUGAUACUAUGGUUUUAAAGAAAUCGCUCUCGUGUUCCUACCCAAACUUGCCUCUCAAUAAAGCGAUACAGAAAGAGAACGAGAAGCUUCAGUUGGAAAUGCAAAGAUCACAAGCUAAUUAUGACAUAACUCAAUGCCAAAUGAUUCAGCAUCUUCUGGAUGUUACGGAAGUUGUUAGUUCAAAUUGCGUUCCAGAAAAAGGUUCACCAAAAAAGUCAAACUCCAAAGAUUCAGCAACCAAGUCCGUUAAAGAGCAUACUCAUGAUGAAAGCUAUAUCCAGAAGACCGAGACUACACAAAAAACUUCAAGUAGAACCAUAUCUUCGGUUUCAUCAGGACAUGAUCUGAUCUCUACCAAACAUUCUUAUCAUCAGCAUGGUGAUGAAUGGAGUUCAGAUUUGCUUGGUUGUUGUUCAGAACCUCUUUUGUGUAUGAAAACUAUCUUUUGUCCUUGUGCUACAUUUUCAAGGAUUGCGGGUGUGGCCACAAACAGGCCUGUUUCUGCUGCAGAGGCGUGCAAUGAUUUAGUAGCUUAUUCGUUGAUUCUAUCGUGCUGUUGCUAUACUUGUUGCAUUAGAAGGAAACUGAGAAAGAUGCUGAAUAUCAGGGGAGGGUUAGUGGACGAUUUCCUCUCCCAUUUCAUGUGUUGCUGUUGUGCUCUCGUGCAAGAAUGGCGAGAGGUGGAGAUACGAGGUGUUUAUGGACCUGAGAAGACGGAAACAAGUGCACCAAAGUCGCAGUACAUGGAGUCAUGAAGUGGAGAGAAAAGAGUGAAAAAAAUGUAUGAAAUUCAUGAAAAAAUGUCAUUGGAUUGAGUGAGAUCAUAAGGUACAUAAUUAUCUCAAUACAUACUAAAUCCUGAAACCCAUGUUUAGACUUGGUUGGAUAUGAUGAUGCAUGUACAUGUAAAGAAGAAGAAGAAGAAACUCAAGACUUAUGUUAUCUUCUCCUUUUCUUAUUUUCUUUCUUUCUUUCCAGAAUGAGUUUGGCUUUCUACUUGGAAAGAAAUGACAUCUUUGUUAAUGUAUUUUGCUUAGAAGAGGUUUUCAAUCUAUAUUAAUAGGGACCUUGUCUU